CUCAACACUUUUUCUUUUCUUAUUAUCGUCACCCUGACACACGAGCCAUGCACAGUAACUUUACUGCACGUGUUCCUAUGUCACCACACACAGCAUUGCCUAUUUAUCAGCCAUUUUCCUCACUCUUCUUUGUACUCAGAAGCUGUGCCUCAUUUUCCUCAUUUUUUUUUCACUUGGAGCUUUUUCAUCCGCCUACUUUCUUGUGUCUUUCAAGCUUUAAGAAUCAAGCACCCCACAAGGGUGGAUUGAAGGGAAAGAGAAACAAAAGGUUGAGAUGAAUUAUGUUUGAGGGUGAAAAGGGGGAAGUUUGUGAAAGAAAAGGGAGGAAAUUUUCAUCUAGUGAAGGUUGAUUGAAAGGUGUUCUGUAAUGGAAGGAGGGACAAGGCAGGACUCAGUUCCUCUUCAUGGUUCCAUUGAUAAGUCUAGGAUUCUGGAUGUUAAACCUCUGAAGAGUUUGAUUCCUAUUUUCUCUAUGUCUUCUCAAGCUCCACCUCCUGGCCAGUAUCCUACUGGGUUUUCACCAUUUUCCCCCUUUGGUGCACCUCAGCAAACUCCAACUGAGGUGACACCAAAUGGUGCUUCCAUACCUACUCCAAUAAGGGUAUAUAGCAUUCCACCAGGGGCAGGAGACUCCAGUUCAACAAUGGAGGGGUUCAGUGGUCAACGUACUUCUGGGAAGAAAAAACGUGGAUCACCAAAGUCGAGCAGCGCCAAAUCAUCCUUAGAUAAGCCUAAGAAAACUCAAGAGCCCCCUGUUGAUUUAGGUGUUUUAGUUGGUAUUACCCCUGCUCAAAAAGAAGAUGGUAGCCGUGAAGUGGUUAAUUUUGUGCUCAUGGCGUUUGAUGCUCUUAGAAGAAGGCUCUGCCAACUUGAAGGGGCCAAAGAAUUGAGCUUGGGUCCGAUCAAGCGUGCAGAUUUGAAAGCCUGCAAUACUUUGAUGACCAAAGGAAUCCGGACAAACACGAGGAAGAGAAUAGGAUCAGUUCCUGGGGUUGAGAUUGGUGACAUUUUCUUUUUCAGAGCCGAAAUGUGUGUUGUGGGUUUGCAUGCUCACUUCAUGGGUGGAAUUGAUGCCUUGCAUAUUAGGGGUGAGUUUGAGGAGGAAACUUUGGCUGUGAGCAUUGUUUCAUCAGGAGAAUAUGAUGAUGAUGCUGAGGAUAUUGAUGUUAUAACGUAUACUGGUCAGGGAGGGAACUUCUUCAAGAAAGAUAAGCACGCCAUUGACCAGAAGCUUAAAAGGGGUAAUCUUGCUAUGGAUAGGAGUUCGCGACAACUCAAUGAAAUAAGAGUCAUCCGGGGGAUUAGGGAUGAUGUGAAUCCAAAUUUAAAAGUCUAUGUCUAUGAUGGUUUGUAUAAAAUUCAGGAUUCAUGGAUUGGAAAAGCAAAAGGUGGUGGUGAUGUAUUUAAGUAUAAGUUGGUUAGAAUGCCUGGACAACCUAGUGCCUAUUCUGUUUGGAAAUCAGUUCAGAAGUGGAAAUCUGGCACUUCAAGGAUUGGACUUAUUCUUGCAGACAUUUCCAAUGGAGCUGAGAAUAUUCCUGUAUCACUUGUCAAUGAAGUUGAUAAUGUGAAGGCGCCUACUUAUUUCAAUUAUUUCCAUUCUCUUAGACACCCUAAAUCAUUCAGUUUGAUGCAGCCUUCAAAUGGGUGCACCUGUACUAAAUCAUGUGUCCCUGGUGAUUCGAACUGCUCUUGCAUUAGGAGAAAUGAAGGUGAUUUCCCUUAUAUUGGAAAUGGUGUUCUGGUGAGCCGGAUGCAAUUGGUUCAUGAAUGUGGCCCUACAUGUCAGUGUUUUCCUAACUGCAAAAAUAGAGUAUCCCAAACCGGUUUAAAGCACCCCAUGGAAGUGUUCAAAACGAAGGAUAGAGGGUGGGGUCUUCGGUCUCUGGAUCCUAUUCGCUCUGGUACCUUCAUUUGUGAAUAUGCAGGAGAAGUUGUUGAUAGGGCCAAAGUAAGUCAGCUUGUGAGGGAAGGAAAUGAGUAUGUUUUUGAUACAACCCAGAUUUAUGGUCAAUUCAAGUGGAAUUAUGAGCCUAGGCUUUUGGAAGAAGUCAAUCCCAAUGAAUCUAGUGAGCAUUAUGCCAUGCCGUAUCCUUUGACCAUAAGUGCCAAGAAUUUUGGGAAUGUGGCUAGAUUCAUGAAUCAUAGUUGCUCCCCAAAUGUUUUUUGGCAGCCUGUGGUAUAUGAAGAAAACAACCAAUCGUACGUCCAUGUUGCCUUCUUUGCUCUCAGACACAUUCCACCAAUGACAGAGUUAACGUAUGACUAUGGAGUUGCUCGAUCUGAUCAUGCUGAGGGUAUCCGUGCAGUCAAAGGGAGAAAGAAAUGCUUAUGCAGAUCAUCGAAAUGCCGAGGUUCUUAUGGUUAAAGUCGCUCAAGAACAGUAUGGUAACAGAGGAUGAUUUUAUGUUGGGAGCCACUUUAGGAGUUCGAGUUUAGUGGAUGUAUGGUUCUAAAUCAAGUGUAAGUGUGUUUGACUAUAAAAAACGUGACUCUCUGGACCUAGCCUUAUUUUGGAUCCAAUAAUAUCAUAAAUUAUCGGUUACGUGUAAUGUUAAAGUUGGAAAUGGCCAUGAUGCACCAGAGAAGUAUAUAACUAGCUAUGAAUUCACUUGUUUAUCCCUGCCUUUUUCCUAUGGAUAUGGGUAUGUUUUGCUGUUAGUUAUGUAUAAGAAGAUUAGAAUUUUCUUCUACAUUUUUUAUUGUAGAAGUAAUGGCAUGGAUCAUAUCCUAUGCUAAUUGCAUUUGUAUGAAUUCAUCUUCCUCUUGUUAUGUUAUUUAUUAAUUAUUAGGGAUACCUUGAUAUGUGCAAUUGAUUGUUGAAUAAAUAAUUGUUUAACCAUCUAGAGCAUAUUCAUUUUAGCCCAUGAUAGUUUUAACUUAUUUUAGAUAAAUAAUUGUUUCUUACCAGUUUUUGGAUAAGCCAUAUAGAAUGUCUAACAAUAUGCAAAUCCAAUACUUGAUAUCACUCUUUAACUUGGAGGAAACAAUGAUCUUUGAAUUUGGUUCUUUAGUAUAUGCUGGCAUAGGUUCUAUGCAAAUAGUUUGCAUAUUGGAAUUCAAUGUAAUGACAGUUACCUCUAACUUGUCAUUGGUUACUGCAUCAUAGUUUUUGGGGCUUGGUUCCUCUAAUAUGAGAUCAGCUUCUAAGCAUGUCUAAGUGUAUCAUCAAUCACAUUUGUUCAUUAUCUCACUACUGCAUUUCGAAUAAAGCCAUUGUGUUUAUAAAUUGUUUCUCAUUGCAUUAUGUAACUUCAAACUUUGAAAAAUAGAAGAAGCAAUUAUAUCCUAUAAAACAAUCACAACCAAACGUAUGCUUGUCAAAUUCAUUUUUGUCUCACUUAACCCUGGUGGAGGGAGUUUUUUUUGGUCAAGAGAGAGUGCUAAUUUCUCAACCUUUGAGAGAGAGAAAGAGAGCACAAUAAUUGGUUGGCAUAUUUACUGAGCAGUUUCGGUAGAACUAUGAUUCCUACUUCGUUUGGAUGAGACUGAAAAUUGGACAACAGGUUCGCGUCAUAUUGUUCUUUGUUUGGACUGUUGGGAUUGUUGAUUGGAUGCCGUGGUUGGAGAAAUCAAUUCUGCAUUGUUGUUCUGUUUUAAGUUUCUUUUUCUUUGUUCUUCAUCUGGGAAAGCAUUACUGCUGUGAUGUAUAAUUGACUGAUGGUAAGCACCUGAUUGCCGUGAACCUCCUGUCCAAUUCUCAGCCUUAUCCAAUGAUAAAUAAAGUGGGAAUCAUGAUUGCACCAAAUUUGCUUGGUAAAUAAGUGAACCAGUUUUUGUACUUUUUUUUUUCCAAAUGGUGCAAAAUUAAGACUCUAUUAACCCAGAAGACUCCUCUCCACUUGGGUUAAGUAGCACAACUUGUUAAGUUUAGACUUUUUAGAUACAGAGAUAGGAGCUCAACCCAACAAUACCAUCUAAAAACCUGCCUUAGGGAGCAGUAAAGGCUAAUAGUUUUCUUAUUUAGAACUCAUGAAUAUGACGUGUGUGUUGAAAAUUCAAGUACGAGUCUAAAUCCUGCAUUGGAUAAAAAUGAGAAAGUAGAGCACUGUAUAAAGAUGAAAAACCCAUAAAUCCAUUGUCUUAAGGUUUUAGAUAAAGAGUGGAGUUGAUUCCUUAUAUGGUUGGGCUCAGAUGUCAUUGGUGUUUGUAUCUCUUCGAUGAACUUCCUUCUCGAUAGAUUCAACCGUGUGAAGGACUAUGCUUGAACACAUCAAUUGCUCUCACUCAUGUUUUGAGUAUUUUGUUUUUGUCCUACCACUAGUUUUUUCAAGUUCACUAUGUUAGAGAUUGAUCUCCCUUGAAUCUUUGAUUAUACGUUAUUUAACAUAGAUAGUCUGCUUAACCUGUAAGUGCAGGGUGUCUAAUAACCAUGUUAUCUCAUCAUGUCAUACUUUGCAGGGUAUUGAGUAGGUUGAAAUUAAUAAGGUUUUGUGUGUUUGAGUUAGAUUGAGAAGGUUUUGUAUACAACCAAUUUAUUUUGUGGUUC